AUGGACGCCGACCAAUUCCCCGAUUCUCGAGACUCGCUAGCAGGCUACCUGCCUCUCCAACAUCUUGAUCCCACGCCGGUAGACUCGCCGCCAGUAGAUGCCGAUGAGAGCCGCCGAGAUCUCGGUCCACCGCCCCGAGGAAGCGAUGAUGGGUAUGAACUCGUGGAGUCGGACGAUAUGGAGGGCAGUGCAGUUUCAAUCAAGGCUCCUUCAACUGGUGCUCCAGGCUUGAGCUCAAGCGCAAACCUAGCAAGCAGCACUUCAUCUGGUACUGCCACAGGUCCUGGUCCUAUCUUCUAUCUCAUGCGGAUUCAAAAGUUCUCGAGCUACGCAAUGGGUAUCUUUACCUCGCUUCAUCUCGCCAACGUCUCCCUCAUCCCCGCUAUCACGAGAUCUGUCGCCGGUUCCGAGACCUAUCUCCUCAUGACUCGCGAGAUCUACCAGACCUCGCUUACCGAACCCAUCCUGGUCGCCCUGCCUGUGAUAGCACAUGUCGGCUCCGGAAUUGCUCUUCGUCUAUUGAGGAGGUCGCAGAACAUGAAGCGGUACGGCGCUGCUACACCGGGAAUGUAUGCGCUCUAUCGGUCAAGGACAGAGCUUGAGGACCCCAAGAGCGCCAAAUCUGCAUCACCAUGGCCGGCGUUGAGCAACAUUUCGAUAUCCGGCUACGUCUUUUCUGCCUUCUUCGCUGCCCACGUUUUUGUCAACCGCUUUUUGCCAUUGCAAGUCGAGGGUGACAGCUCCAAUAUUGGCCUGGCCUACAUCGCCCACGGUUUCGCUCGACACCCUGCCGUUGCUUGGUUCUCUUAUAUUGGCCUCCUUGGCGUUGGAUGCAGUCAUAUGAUCUGGGGGCAGGCCAAGUGGCUCGGCUUGGCGCCGUCGACAAAGACAGUCUGGGGACCCGGAUCGAUGACCAUAAACAAGAAAGUCAGGACGCAGAAGAGAAGGAGAUAUACCGCUCUCCACGGUGUGGCGAUAUCUUUUGCUGCCCUAUGGGCGGUCGGAGGCCUAGGAGUUGUCGCAAAGGGAGGCCUUACGGAAGGCUGGAUUGGCAGGGUGUACGACGAGAUUUUUGCAGCUGUUGGACUGUAA